CCUCACUUUCGUCGCUCAGGCUUUUGGUUUAGCUCCUGAUUGUCGCGAAACGAAAGACAUCAUCAACAAAAUUAAUGAAAUCGUAUCGUGCUUGUUGUACGUUUCAGAUGACCGGUUAACCGUUUUUCACAAAUUUUUUAUUGAUUGGCUUCUAGCAAAGGGCUACAAAGAUCACCAGUAUACUGUCAAGGUCGAUGAUGGACAUAGAUCGCUUUGGGCGUUAUGCGAAAAGGUUUUUAAAGAAAUCAUGGAAAGUGUUCGCUCAGGAGUUGAGGUGAAGUUUACUCAUGACGUGAAAUACGCUCUAAAACAUGGUUUAAAACAUCUAGAAAAGUGUGAAAUAGAGGAAGGUGUGUUUUGGUCAGUUGAUGUUAUUAUCGUAUCUUAUAUGUUAACUGAAAUCGAUUCAGAUGUAUUGCAGCGUUUCUGGCUCAAAUCACUCCAAAGUUCUUGGAUCAAAAACGAAGAUUUACGUGCCCGUAUUUCGUACCAUGUCAUUGAAUUUGACUGUUUUGAUCAUGCCCUGAAUGACACGAAGCUGUAUUACAUACAUUCAAAACACGUUCUUUCGAUAGUAUAUUCACAAUUGUAUUUACAAGCGGUUCUUACAGAUUCUCCAAAAGGUUAUUUCAGCGAUGAUGAGAAGAAAAUCGCGGAGACGCUACUAUCAAACGUUCCACCUUUUGUCGAGUCAAAUUCUUACGAAGUUUCGGUUUUGCCGCGAGCAGUCUGGGUACACAGUGGCUUUGAUUGUUUUACAGCUGUUGCUUUAUCUAACGAUGAAAAAAGUGUAGCUGUUGGAAAAAGGCAUUUUAUACAUGUGAUGUCUCUACCAAAUUUAGUUGAAAUUAUGAGUUAUCAGUCGACAAAAUUGGAAAGAAUUCCAUGCUGUAUAUUUUCUCCAGACGAUUCGCUCAUAUUAUUUGGUAAACUGGAAACGGCGUUUAACAUUGCUGAAAGGAAGGAAGUCCCAUUUUUCCCUGGAAAUGAAGAGACGUUCGAAACCUGUGCAUUUUCCCCUAAGGGCAAAAGACUGGUGACUAGCGACGGUUCAAAUACCAUUAAACUAUGGGACGUUGCUAAACAAAAAAUGCUGUCGUCGCUUUGUGCUGGAUUUCCUGUUGGUUGGUGUUUUUUUAGCGUCACAGGGUUAUUUAUUAUUGCAAAAUCAAAAACUUCACCUUAUCCGGGUUAUUCGUUGUGUGUUUGGAACGCCAUCACAUUGCAAAGAAAUGAUAAGAGAAAAUUAUCUCACGUGGAAAGGGAGAAAUUAGUUGUUUUAAAGAGAAGGAAAUGUGAACGAUGUUUUCAGCGAAGAUUUGAGCAACCAAAUAUUAAACACUUAGAAAUAAGGUUUGGAUUUAUUAGCAAUUAUAUGAUUUCGUGUCCGUGGAUCUGCAAAUGUGAGGAGUGUAUUAUUUCUCCGAAUGAAUAUUGUUAUUCAAGUGACACAGAAAGUAUUCCUUUGACUGUGAUUGUUGCUUGGAACUAUCUUGCUGAAGCUCAUCGACUGAUUUUUUCUAAUGAACUCAAAAUGUCACGUUUAGGAGAUAAUCUGUGGCUCUAUUCAGAAGAUAAAAAACUAAUUGUCUUUAAGACAUUAGCUUCUAAACAAGAGCAAUCCUGUCUGUCACAGCCAACGAUCGUUUAUUCGAGUUCGUUUUCUCCUGACGGCUCUCGACUUGCAUCCUGCAACUCAGAUGGAUAUAUCAACGUAUGGAAUGUCUAUACCAGCCAAGUUGAACAACGUUUCAAAAGCAGUCAAUGCGUGUCAAUGUCUUUAUGCUGGUGGUCGGAAUAUUUCUUUUUUGUGAUUUGUCAAUUUAACGGGAUUCUCAAAUUAACGCGAUACCAGGUAGAUGACAAAUUAGAGAUCUUGUUUACUCACAGUCAGGACGUGGCGCUAGAGGACUUGUCUGAUUUCAGUCAUUCAAAGCUGAUUGGUUUUUCUGAAGGUUUUGUCAGGUUUGAUCUCAAAUUCAAUGAACCCGUGAAAGUUCUCGAUGUCAGAGAUGUUCAUGGUCCUGUAAUGAUCAAUUUGCCUGGAAUUGAGCCUGAGAUGGAAGUGAAAAUCUCGCCUGGUGGUGCCUUUAUCUCUAGUUGUAAUAAGAAUAAAUGUUAUAUUUGGAAAAGAAAUACCGAAAACCCAACUUCGUAUGAAGUCCUUUAUCACCGUGACGCUGGAAGUACUCAAAUAUUGCCGGAUGUCGUAAUUUUCAGUAAUGAUUCCAAAGUCGCAAUAGUCAUGCAGAAAAAUUUUCUUGAGCGUCAGAUAAUUGAUCUGGACACUGGUGAUUUUCAAAAUAUGACUCCUGCAUUGCACCCCAUUAUUUAUUUGAGGUCAUUUUGUAUUCACAAGAGUAGAAUUGUAUUAACUGUAUCUGAUCACCUGAUAACAUUUCAUGACAUGGACUUUAGCGCGAUUCUCAACACUUCCUAUCAACCAUACUUGAAGAUUUUUACGCCCAGCCAAACAAUUCAACUUUCCCCAAAAGAGGACGUGCUGGCUUUUCCUGACAACAAAGGUGAUAUGGUGUUUCUUCGACUGUCUAUUCCACCAAAUCCUUUGUUGCACGAUAUCAAGCAACUAGCAGUUGCUGAAUUGGACCAUUCUAUAUUUAAACAAUUGAAACUUCCUUCGUUGGACGAUAUUGAACGACUGAAACUUCCUUCGUUGGACGAUAUUAAACGACUGAAACUUCCUUCGUUGGACGAUAUUAAGCGAGAUGCAGUAGUCAAUCCUUUCUUUAACCGGAAUAAAGUCAUCUUGCGGAAAAAGGUUUAGACUGCUUUUAGGGAAAUCUACACAAAAUAUUUUCUUACAUGUUGGGUUUCCCCGCAAGUUUUUUAUACCAAUUAAAUGCGAAUAUCUUUGUUCUUAAAAAUAACUGAAGUGAACUCGUUCACACGAGGACAAAAAACAAAAGGAGGAGACUUAUUUGAUAAAGGCUUUGUUAUGAACGACAGAUGUUUUGAAACUGAAAUUUUGGUUAGGAUAUUAUAUAAUGGAUUUAGUGAGCAAUAGCAUGAAAAACUAUCAUCAUGAACAUUGUUUUGGGGAAGCGGCUAGACUUUGCUUGGAGCUGGUCUAGAAUGGAGAAGUAAGACACCUCCUUCCCUCCGUUUGUCUGGGAGUUCACCUUGGGCAAGUGAUAGCACUCCCUUGCCUCCCUAACUGGGGUUACAGUUUGUUAAACAAAACAAAGAUGAUAUCUUGAAUACAAUCGCAAGAAACAAGUCCUAAAAACUGUGACCAAUGCCAUUCGUAUGAUGGUGUUGUUUAAGAUGUUCGUUAUGGUAGUUACAGUCAUGUUGGUGGUGAUAAUUCUCAUCUAUGAUGGUGGUGAUGGUGCUGGUGUCUACGAAGGUGCUGAUAGUAAUUGUGCUGGUUAUGAAAAUAACGGUAGAAAUUGUCGUAACUAUAUUAGCUGUAUUUUGUUUCUGAAGGUGACGGAACUCAGUGGCGUCAUGCACUAGAACGAUAAUUGGGGGGGGGAGUUGAUUAUUCAUAUAUUCAGUUUUUCCCGACCAGUUUUUCUCGGCAGAACCAUUGAAUUGUGAACAAACUGGAACGAUAACUCAGGGGGGUGGGUUAAAGCCAGUGCUGUUUACUUUUUCUGAGUUUUGAGCUGAAAUACUUGACGCCAAAUGUUGAGCCGGAUAUGAAA